AGUUUAAUUACCUACAACUCAUGCGUGUCUACUUCCUUCCCAACUAAAUUAAGCUUUUCUUUCCUCCAAUAUCUCUAAUCCCCCAUCAACGAUGGCAGCUGAAGUUGGGCACAAGGAGGAAACGAAGACUAGUGUGAAAAUCACUGCCAAAACCCAUGUCAUGCCCAUCAAGAAACUCGGAAGAAGGGAAUGUCAGUUGGUGACAUUUGAUCUUCCCUACUUGGCUUUCUACUACAACCAAAAGUUGCUGUUUUACAGAGCCAGUGACUUUGAGGCGAUUGUGGGGAAACUUAAAGAUGGGCUUGCCCUUGUUUUGGAGGACUUCUAUCAGCUGGCCGGGAGGCUUGGCAAAGAUGAGGAGGGGGUCUUUAGGGUCGAGUAUGACGAUGAUAUGGACGGCGUGGAGGUCGCCGAGGCCGUCGCCGAGGGGAUCGAAAUUGCUGAUCUGACGGUCGACGAGGGCAGCACCACUUUGAAGGACUUGAUACCAUACAACGAAGUCUUGAACUUGGAGGGUCUCCGUAGGCCUCUCUUGGCACUUCAGUUAACCAAGCUGAAAGACGGACUCGCAAUUGGGUGCGCAUUCAACCACGCGAUCCUCGACGGGACCUCCACGUGGCACUUCAUGAGCUCAUGGGCCGAGAUCUGCGGCGGGACCCACUCUAUCUCGGUCCCACCUUUCCUCGACCGCACCAAAGUCCGCAGCACGCGCGUGAAGCUCGACCUCUCGCUCCCCUCUGACCCACUCGCUUCAUCCAACGGCAACGGAAACGGAAAGCUGCCUCCACAACUCAGGGAGAAGAUUUUCAGGUUCUCGGAGGCUGCCAUCGACAAGAUCAAGUCAAAAGUCAACGAAAACCCUCCCUCAUCGGACAGCUCAAAACCAUUCUCCACAUUCCAGUCACUCUCCGUUCAUAUCUGGCGCCAUGUAACCCAUGCACGUGAACUGAAGCCCGAAGACUACACAGUCUUCACCGUCUUCGCGGAUUGCCGGAAACGGGUGGAUCCACCGAUGCCGGCGAGCUACUUCGGUAACCUAAUCCAAGCAGUGUUCACCGUCACGGCAGCCGGGUUGUUAUCGGCUAACCCGCCAGAGUUUGGGGCGUCGAUGAUUCAGAAAGCGAUAGAAAUGCACAACGCAAAGACGAUUGAGGAGCGGAACAAAGAGUGGGAGAGCUCACCGAAGAUCUUCGAGUUUAAGGAUGCGGGAGUGAACUGCGUGGCGGUGGGGAGCUCACCGAGGUUCAAGGUGUACGAGGUGGAUUUCGGGUGGGGGAAGCCGGAGGGUGUGAGGAGUGGGUCCAACAACAGGUUUGAUGGGAUGGUGUAUAUGUACCAGGGGAAGAGUGGUGGGAGGAGCAUCGAUGUUGAGAUUAGCUUGGAGGCAGUGACUAUGGAGAGGCUGGAGAAGGAUCAGGAGUUUCUUAUGGAGCUCUAGAAGAAGAAGAAGAAGAAGAAGAGUGCGUACUAAUAUUUAAUUAAGCUAGGGCUUAGGGGUGGUGUAGGUGGUUGAUUAAUUAGUUGAUAGAAGCUGCCGCUGUGAUUUUAGUUUUCAUGGAGGAGUUGAAAUUCUAAAAUCAGAAUAGCAGUGAUGUCACUGAUGUCAUGUUAAGGUGGAGUUUGUGCUUUGCUUGCUUCUUUUCUUUUCAUUUCAUAUGGCUUUUCCUUUGGGCUUGUGAUGAUAUAUAUGUGUGGAUUGUGGACUCUAUUCAAAAAUUCGGAUGGGUGGGCCAUUGGGCCUUCAUUGCUGUC